GAAAACCACCCAUUUUAGAGACACGGAGAGACUGUGCAGAUGAGAUGAAAUGGACAGCAUUAGCGUUGCACAUCAGAGGGGAAGCCCCGGUACCAGUAGUUGCUGUGCAGAUUUCCCUUCAUCAGUUCAACUUUAUCUAUACUUCUGUUUAAUGGUUUUGAUUCAUGUAGUGAAUGUGAUUCGCCUGACCUGACUUCUACCUGAUUAGAACAUACUAGGGAGCAACCAGUGGUAGAAAAUAUGGAUCCUCAGUUGGAAUUGACUGGAAAAAUCGGCACGUCGCAAGCAACUGGAGAGCUUGAUGUCGGAGCCGGAACGGGCCUGCGCGCACAAAUUCUUCAGCUAGAGGAAUUAGUGGAGGGGGAAAUCAAGGCAGCGAAAGCGAAGAUUGCGGAACUAAAGUACGUUGUAGCUGCAUUCCGUAAUGCAGUUUCCGUUGUUGACUUCGUAGAAGAAUGUCCUUGUUCUAACGCUAACCAUUAAUCCUACUCGUAGGACGCUCUUUCUUGCUACUAGACGAGACCACCACCACGGCAGGAUGAUGUUGAGGAAGAACAGGGAUACGUACAUACUCCCUACAAUUUGUUUCAGGUCAGAUGGAACAGAACCGGUUAACGAGAAGAUAGUCAAAGAAAUGCUGGACAAAAUGCAGUCCACGAUUCAGGAAGCGCACGACAGGAGUACCACUACUAUUUGUGAUCCACUAGGUAUCUCCACUACUUGUCUUCCUUGUAGGGUCGUGUAUCCUUCAAUAAUGGAGUCCAUUCUUCUAUUGGGAUAAAGAUGAUCGUAUUUUCCGUUGUACUUGUACAAGAAUCAGGUUGUACGGUAUAGGACAUCAUUCUUGAUCGAUGUGGUCUACUUGUGCUAACUUGGAUGUAAACAAUGCUAUACAAGAGGCACCAUGAGGACAUGACAUGACAUGAUUAUGGUGGACGUGGAGGUCUUCUGCCACUAGGAUCAUUUCUCAUGAUUUUCAGCAAACACGGAUCUGCAAGACUACUACGCGUCGGUGCGAGACAAGAACGCGACAACGCAGAAGGAAAUAACCAAUGUGAAGCUCGAAAACGCGCAAUUGCAGCAGACAUUAGUGGCUGUACAUUAAGGCUUGGAACGAUUUGAAUCACAUUUAUUCUUGUUGGCAAUGUAAGUUUGUUAAUCUUACUGGUUAUUUCUUCUCCCCGGGUUAUGUUUUGUCUUGCCGGUGAUUUAGUACAGUCACUCGAGACGUAAUGAAUGAAUUCGCCCCGUUGCCGAAGGACGAUGGUGUGUAGUGAUGAGUCUUCUUUGAUGUAGAAGGGAAUCUGAUCAAGUGUGCAUCAUAAUGUAGCAGUUCCAGUACGCACAAUUCUCUAAUUCCCGCGCCGGCUCAAGAUGCUCGAAGUUGCUUUAGGAGAUUGAGCAUCAUAUGUGGGGGCUGAGUCAGAGCACCGUAUGCGGCAAUUUUCUUGUUCCUCUUUUCUGUUCCCAUCCCGCAAGAAAAAAGAUAAGCAUGGGUCGUUUUCAAGUGAGAAAAAUACUAAGUACGUUGUUUACGAAUAUGUAUUUAUCGUCGUCAUGGUCAGCAUCAGCAUGGUUUUUCAUCAAUAUGGUUCUUAUUCAAUGUUUGCACCUCCUAGCAACUCACGGAGGCAGACGAGCAGCAACCAAUAGAAAUCAUAGAUAUAAUGAUAGAGUGAUCAUAAGUAACGCUAGAGGUUCUCGCUAUCCCCGUUCCUACUUCCCCAUUCAAUAUCAAAGAUUUGAUGUGAAUGACUUUCAGCCCCACCAGACAAUAGAUAAUGCACAGAUGUUGUACAGGUUUGAUGUUUAUUGAAGGCAGUGAUUCGGCUCAUUUUGAUUCUUCGGCUCAUUGCGAUUCUUCGGCUCAUUGUGAUUCUUCUGCUCAUUGUGAUUCUUCAUCCUCGUUCAAAAUGUCAGCUCAUGAUCAUCAUGUAGACACUAUAGACUGAGGACGGCAGAUGUGGUUUUUUCUGUCAUGAUCACCAGAGUCAGACGACGAGACACACACACACAGACCACAUAGACAUCAAGAUUUAAUACGAAGCGGCCCCAUGAGCAUAAUAGGCACUCACUGUCUUCAAAUGGAAAUGGUACGAGUCACAAAAUCUUCGACAAUGAUAACAAGUCGCUCUCUAUGCUGCUCUAUUCUAUGAAGAGUAGCUGACGAACACGAAGUCGAAGAUCAGCGCAUUGGGUUCCUGCUUUUUUUAUUUUUUUGAUCUCUCCAAGGUUACAUGAUAACACGUGGACUCGCAAUAAAAGACGAGAUAAAUAAAC